UUCGAGCGGGCCGAAGCCCGGUGCCAAAAAGGAGAACUGCCAUGUGCAAUGGGCACCUGGCUCGGGAAGAAACUACGACUUGCACUGGCGCUGAUCAUCUGGUUCCCUGAGAAUUUCCUGGGACCCAGCUGGCCAGUGGGAGGCAGCCGCGCGGGAGACUUCAGAAUCUCAGAUCUGGAUGAAAACUGGAGGAAAAGAACUGUGGAUCUGAGGGAUGUUGCUGGAAAUCCACGAAUUUCAAGUCGUUUUCAUGGUGUUCACCGCAGUUUGGAAUGGAUCCCAUGGAUUUGGGCCGUGAUCUCUGGCUUUGGAGCGCAAGCUGCAUGGGCCGCAACUGGUGAAACUGAGUCAGGCAGUUGGCUGUGGAUCGUGGUAUCCUUCCUGGCAGGGGGUCUCUGUGUAAGUGUCAGAUACAGCGUUACGGGAUCCAAUGGAUCAAGGGAUGCUCCCAAACCACUGCUGAACACCAUGCUGCAACAAACUCAUGGUGCAGCCGUUCUCUAUGCCAUCACCGCUGCUGGCUUCAUGGAUGUCAUGCCCCUGCCAUCCGAAGAGCCCCUGACGGCAGCCGAGCUGUUGCGACGGAACAGGCAGAGUGGAACGAAGGGCAAAGAGGCAGUGCUGCAACAGCUGCUUCAUCUGCUGGCGACCUGCGAGAUUUUGGAAGAACGGGAGGACCGGCAUUCGGCAUGGGCCGGAGCCGGGCUGCGCUUGCUGCGCUUCCGCCACAGCCAGUGCUCCAUGGAGCUGCGACGCGGUGGCCGCGGCCGGAGCUUUGUGAUGCUGAACUUCUCGGCGGAGCAGGUGCAAGAGGAUGUCAUGGAGCCGAAUCCCUUCAGCUUGGAGCAUGGCCGUGGAGUGUUCGAAUUUUAUUCGGAUCCUUCCCACAGCGACUUGGCCAGUCACUUCAACCGCCUCAUGCAGCAGCUCAGUAUCUCCCAGAGCGAUGCGGAAGGCAACAGCGCGGCAUCCUUGGUGGCUGAGUUGGCCAUUUGGGAUGCAGCUCCAGCUGUUGAUGUGGAUCCUCUGGAUCCUGUGGAUCCUGUGGAUCCCGUGGUGGUGGAUGUGGGUGGUGGUGUGGGACACCAACUCUCCACCAUCCUCGCUCGACAUCCGAGAUGGAAAGGAAUCGUUUUCGAUCUCCCGAAGGUGCUUGAAGAUAGAGAAGCAGAUGAUUCCAGGAUGUCAUUCAUGGCAGGGAGCUUUUUUGAUGCGAUUCCCAAGGGUGAUGUGUUGCUGUUGAAAUGGAUUCUUCAUGAUUGGGAUGAUGUGCAUUGUCGCCAGAUCCUUGCAAAGCUGCGUGAUGCAAUGCUUUUCGAGAGCUCAGAUGGUGUGCGGCGUUCACCUUCCAGAUUGUUAAUCAUCGAACAAGCUGUACCAGAAGACGAUGAUUUCAGCGAGGCUGCUCAAAGUGCAAGAGCCAACUUGAACGAUCUGUAUUUAUGGGUUCUCUACGGAGGCCGUGAACGAAAAGUCUCGGACUAUGCAGCGCUGAUUGAAGCCGAAGGGCUGCAGCUGGAAGCCGUGACUCAGCUCAGUGGCUUUCAACUGGUUGCCAUCGAAUGCCGCUGCCUUCCGGCCAGGCCGAGGAAAAAAGCGCUUGUGGAAAAAGAAUUGCUGCCAAAGGGAUACUCAACAGCAGUGGAUGUACGGAUGAUCCAUGGAUUUUUGGUGAUAUAUUUGAUCUGUUCACUUCUUUGGGAAUCUGGAAGCCAUCACUUUGAUUAA